CCGCCGCCGCCGCCCGACGAGGCCGACGUGGUGGUCGUGGGCGGCGGCGUCACCGGCUGGUCCGUCGCCUUCUGGCUCAAGACGCUCGAGGGCGCCGGCGGCGCCAUGCGGGUGCUCGUGGUGGAGCGCGACCCCACGUAUUCCCAGGCUUCCACCGUGCUCUCGGUGGGCGGCAUCCGGCAGCAGUUCUCCCUGCCGGAGAACAUCCGCCUGUCCCGCUUCUCGGCCGCCUUCCUGCGCGACAUCAACGAGCACCUCGGGGUGCCGGGCGAGCCCCCCGUGGACCUGCAGUUCAACCCGUCGGGCUACCUGUUCCUGGCGUCGGAGCAGGGCGCCGCGGCGCUGCAGGACAACGUGCGGCUGCAGCGCGAGGAAGGGGCGCGCGUGGCCCUGCUGUCCCCCGCGCAGCUGCGGGCCAAGUUCCCCUGGCUGGACACGCGCGGCGUGGCCUUGGCUUCCUACGGGCUGGAGGACGAGGGCUGGUUCGACCCCUGGGCGCUGCUGCAGGCGCUGCGCCGCAAGGCGCUGGCGCUGGGCGCGCUCGCCUGCGUGGGCGACGUGCGCU